AGCGACACAGAAGAUCUAUUGAUUAGCAUGGAUUCGUCUCCUGAAGCCUCAUGCUACUCCGUAGAGCUCAUCAAGGGCGCGUACGGCCUUGGGAUUUACUUUGCAGCUGCUGGGGAUGCCUCUCACGCCAUUGUGGACACGCGGGUGCCGUUCUACCGGCUCCCGUCCGGUGCUUUAGCGCCUGGAGAAGCCAGUGGAGCUAUCAAACCAGGAGAUAUGUUGUUGUCCGUGAACGACAGUGACGUUUCGAGUCUACGCUUCCCACAGAUCGUGGAUCAGCUUCGCCAGGUGCCCAGAGGCCCCGUGACGCUUGUGUUUCAGCGUCAAAAGACGUCACCAGAGACGCAGGUAGAAGAAUCAGAGGACAAAAAGGAGCAGCAGAACGCAGACGAAAAGGAGCGACCUAAGGGCUGGACGAUGUUUCAGCGACUGAGCGCGAGCGCCGCUGCUGUCACUUCAGCUAACUCGAUGUCGGUGUCGAGUGAGGCGACGGAGCUGGAAGGGAAGCUCCGGGAGAUGGAGGCGACGCUCGCAAGGGAGCAGAAGUGCCGCUUCUUGGCGGAGAGGAAGAACGUGUUGUACCGCAACGAGUUGCUACGGGUCAGCCAGGAGAACUCAACGUUGAGAGAUCAACUGGCACAACUGAAACUCACACAGAAACGCCGUGACAUCUUCGCCACGGAGUCACUGCAUCUAGCGAUUUAGGCUUUUGUUAUCGAAAUGCAAACAUUCCGCUCAAACGGAGUAUUAGAG